GAGUUGCCCUUACAUUGGGCCAAGCCAGGGGCUUCGAAACUGGGUUUUGUGAUUGGAGGAGGGCGACUAAAAAACUUUAGCCAGGAAACGGCUCGAGUUUCAUGGGGGAGUGACAUGUCUUGAGGAGGUUUGAGGGAGAGAGUGGGGACGUAAGACGAAGGGAAAAGGACUCGUAAACUUGACAAAGCGUCUGAACAAAUCUGGAAUCCUGGGAGGACGAUCGGUCGUGUGGAAUCCUCGAAGUUAAUGGAUCUUAUAUGGCUUACUGAGGACGCAGAUACGCCCAGCCAUUGUAUGAAAUAGCCCGUAAAAUGUUUCGCUUACUUUCCAUUUUUUAGAAGACAUGAUAAUGGGAAUUUAGACAACUUCACCGUUGCUGUUUGUGAGACAGUAACUACUUGGUGCGCACCAAAAGAAACAUUCGGGGACGUGUUCUCGGGCUUCUUUCAGAGGAUCUACAAACGCACAAGUAUUAUGGUCAUACAAAGUUGAACGUGUUCUGUCGUGUCGUGUCUGAUUUGAGAGUUUCUUCACCGAAAAGUCUGGAAUAGAGUACGAUUGCCGCUUCGGCAUUUUGUUGUUGUAAGGAGCACACGCACCAUCGGGAGUACGCAUUCCACCAUCGAUUUGCCCAUGCACCCGCCUAUGAAUGCGGAUCUAAACCCUCAGUACUUUGGUCCAUAGCGCCCAGGAGAUUGGGGGAGUUCCAUUGAGUGACAAACCUGUCAGUCCAUAUUUCAUGAUUGGGUGGAACUCCUCAGAUGGGGUCCGUGUCCAGGCGGAGGCCAAGGCGGCUGGGAUGGGGACAUACACCUGCCACUAACAGGAUGUUUUUGCGGGCAUGGCUGUCGGGGGCACUCCUGUUGUCUCUGGCAGCAGUCUCCAUGGCACGGCCAGCCUACACGGCCAGCGAAGAGGAGGACACUGCACAUGAGCCUGAAGAGCCUCCAACCAAAUACCAAAUCUCUAAGCCCACGGCGUGCUCUGUGCACCCGGGGGACCCAUUGAAGCUCAGCUGUCCGCUGCCCGAGGCGGCAGCCAUCGUCUGGACCAAAGACGGCUCCUCGCUGGGCCCUGACAACCGCACGCUCAUAGAGAAAGAGUGGCUGCAGAUCCGUGAUACGACGCCCAAGGACUCGGGCCUGUAUGCAUGUAACACGGCUGGCCCUGAGGCCGGCAAUACGCUUUGCUUCAUUGUUAACAUCACAGAUGCCACUGCGUCCGGAGAUGAUGAGGACGACACGGAGCGAUCGGAAGAUGUCAGUGUGGAUGGAGAGCAAAUUCGGGUGCCAUACUGGACAAUGCCGGAGAAGAUGGAGAAGAAGCUACAUGCUGUCCCAGCAGCAAACACUGUAAAGUUCCGCUGUGCUGCAGGAGGGAACCCUCGACCUAAGAUGCGCUGGCUGAAGAAUGGAAGACCCUUCCUGCAGGAAGACCGCAUGGGAGGCUACAAGGUGCGACACCAGCACUGGACAUUGAUCAUGGAGAGUGUGGUGCCAUCAGAUAAGGGAAACUACACUUGCCUGGUGGAGAAUCAGUAUGGCUCCAUCAACCACACUUACACCUUGGAUGUAGUUGAACGUUCUCCACAUAGGCCCAUCCUUCAGGCCGGCCUUCCAGCCAACAUCACUGUGCAUGUCGGGGAAGAUGCUCGAUUUGAAUGUAAGGUUUAUAGCGAUGCCCAGCCUCACAUCCAGUGGCUGCAGCACAUUGUGAAAAACGGAAGUCGGUUUGGACCUGACGGACAGCCAUAUGUGCGGGUGCUUAAGACCGCAGGUGUAAACACCACGGACAAAGAGAUCGAAGUCCUGUACUUGCCCAAUGUGACAUUGGAGGAUGCUGGGGAGUAUACGUGCUUGGCGGGUAACUCUAUUGGGAUCUCCUUUCACAGUGCUUGGUUAACGGUUCUUCCAGCCAAUACUGAUAUCAUCCAACCUGAUUACCCCCCUGACUACGUGGAGAUCGCCAUCUACUGCAUUGGAGUCUUCCUCAUUGCCUGUAUGGUUGUGAUUGUGGUGGUUUGCAGAAUGCGGACCACCGCCAAGAAGCCUGACUUUGGCGGCCAGCCUGCCGUCCACAAGCUGAGCAAACAGAUUCCCCUGCGUCGCCAGGUAACAGUAUCAUCUGACUCCAGCUCAAUGAGUUCCAGUACACCACUGGUCCGUAUCACCACAAGGCGUAGCUCCACCCAAGAUGACCCGAUCCCCGAGUACGAUCUUCCUGAAGACCCGCGUUGGGAGUUCUGCCGAGACAAGUUGACGCUGGGGAAGCCGCUGGGUGAGGGCUGUUUUGGACAGGUGGUGAUGGCCGAAGCUGUGGGGAUUGAUAAAGACAGACCUAAGGAGGCCAUGACCGUGGCAGUGAAGAUGCUGAAAGGUGAUGCGACAGAGAAGGAUCUGUCUGACCUGGUGUCGGAGAUGGAGAUGAUGAAGAUGAUUGGCAGACACAAGAACAUAAUUAACCUACUGGGCGCGUGCACUCAGGACGGUCCUCUGUAUGUGAUAGUGGAGUAUGCAUCUAAGGGGAAUCUGAGGGAAUAUUUACGUGCCCGACGCCCUCCUGGGAUGGAAUACUCUUAUGACAUCGCCCGUGUCUCUGACGAACCCCUGACCUUUAAAGACCUGGUCUCAUGUGCUUAUCAGGUGGCUCGAGGCAUGGAAUACCUCGCUUCACAAAAGUGUAUACACAGGGAUCUAGCUGCCAGAAACGUGUUGGUAACAGAGAGCAAUGUGAUGAAGAUUGCAGACUUUGGCCUGGCCAGAGAUGUGCACAACAUUGAUUACUACAAAAAGACCACCAAUGGUCGACUCCCUGUGAAGUGGAUGGCUCCAGAGGCACUGUUUGACCGCGUGUACACACACCAGAGUGACGUCUGGUCGUUUGGUGUGCUUCUAUGGGAGAUUUUCACUCUGGGUGGCUCUCCAUACCCUGGCAUUCCCGUGGAGGAGCUCUUUAAACUGCUUAAGGAGGGACAUCGGAUGGACAAGCCUGGAAACUGCACCAACGAACUGUAUAUGCUGAUGAAAGACUGCUGGCAUGCCGUCUCCUCACACAGACCCACCUUCUCACAGCUGGUCGAGGACUUGGACCGCAUCCUCACCUUGGCAACCAAUGAGGAGUAUUUGGACCUGUGCGCUCCGGCUGAGCAGUACUCACCAAGCUUUCCGGACACACGCAGCUCCUGCUCUUCUGGAGACGACUCUGUGUUCUCCCAUGAUCCUCUACCAGACGAGCCCUGUCUACCCAAAUACCCGCACGCAAACGGUGGGGUGAAGACAUGAGUCACUCGCCAACUUCUUCUCCAUCACGCCCUACCACACAAUUCAGACGAAACAUUCCCCACAAUCAGCCCCCUGCCGCCUCCACUGGACACACUGGGCUGAGCAGGACGGUACUGGCAGGACGGUACUGGGGUAGUAGUGGUGAGGAGGGGGGGCUGUGACAGUCAUGCUUUCAGAACCGAACUGAAGUGUGUGGAAGACACACACAUGCACAUGCACACACACACACACACACACAUUCACAUUCACAUAC